AUGCCUUUUUGCACUUCUUGUUCAUGUACUCUUUCUUCUACUGAAUUCAUAUAUGAAAGCAAAAGCUAUAAAACUUGUGCUAGAUGUAUAACUAACAAAGCUAUUAAAAAAGAUAAUUUAGAUGAAAAAACUAUAAUCGAAGCAAUUUCUAUUCAAGAUAUUAGUAAUUAUAUCACUAAUGUGAUAGCAGAUUUAGAACAUUGUUUAGAACUUUCUCUUGUCUUUCAUAUUCAGCUUGAUAAGAUUACACUUGGUAUUGUAGAUACAGAUGUCAAAGCAAUGACUAUAUUAAUAAUCAACGAAAUUGAGAAUGAUGAUAAAUAUAAUUGGACUGUCACAACUGCACUAAAUCUUUUAUCCUGUUAUAUUGGUGUUGAAAAUGCAUAUUAUUUAUAUUUUCAAAGUUAUGAGCUUGAGCAUGAAUAUAAAAACUCAAGCAAAAAAAGAAUUUCUCGAUUUAAUUGUAAUGGUAAAAUAUUGAUCAAAAUUGAUAUCUCAGCAGCAGAAGCUAAAGUAAUUUUAAAGCACGAAAUGAUGCAUGAGAAACCUGAUGAUAUUGCAGUAUCAUUAGAAAUAAAACAAGAAAUUAAAAGAAAUUUGAACCUAAGUCCAGUAGACUUACGAACUCAUCUUUGUAGUAAAAAUUUUGAUAUGUCAAAAAUUAUAUAUAAACAAAUUCAUUAUUAG